UGGCAGCGUUGUCGCAGUGAAGUUGACGACCAGUAAACAAUCUGUGUUUGGGUUCAGUGUAUGGUUCAUGCAGAGGUAGAUAAAAUCUGUCAUAGAGGGUCACUCAGCAGGAUCAGGAUUUCUAUAAGACAUGCUAUCCUAUGCUAGUGGACUUCACGGAUGUUCAGUUAGACUUCUAUGGGACUCGCUGUGGACUUGAAACCAUGGAUGUAUUUAUACAGAUGGCAACAGCGACCAACAAGAAGAUAAUGUGAAAAGGAAAAAGAACUUGGAUUCUCCACAAUAAAUCGUAACCAGGUAAAUGGCAAGUGUUGAACCUUGGGUUGGGACAUGGAGGCCCCACAGGCCAAGAGGGCCCAUAGCUGCCCUCUAUGGUAGCCCAGGACCCAAGUAUGCACUGCCUGGACUCACAGGUGUUCCUAAACAUGACCCAACUAAAUACAGAGCACCAAUGUUCAGCUUUGGGACACGUCACGACCAGGCCAUGUCUACUUGUUCCCCUGGACCGAGGUACCUCAUUCCAGCUAACAUCACCAGAGCUGGCAAAGACGGCACGCCUGCAUUUUCACUCCACAGCCGUACAAAGGAGCAAGAAUUGUUCAAGGGCCCUGGGCCAGGCCACUAUUCCCCAGAGCAUUCCGGAAAGUUGACCUUCCGCUCUGCUCCUGCUUAUUCUCUGUUCGGGAGAAGCAAAGACUUCAGCCUGAAAAAAACACCAGGUCCAGCCUCAUACUCACUGCCUCCUAUUCUGGGGUCCAGAUCUUCGUUCGCAUCUACAGCUCCUGCCUACUCACUUUCUGGCCGCAGCAAAACUGGAAGCUUCCAUGAGGACCUGAGGAAGACUCCUGGUCCUGCUGCCUACAAACUUGUGGAUCCUAGUAUUUACGGGAAGAAAACUCCUCAGUACAGUAUGACUGGCCGCAACUUUGUUCCUGGUGAAACUACGCAGAAACCAGGACCUGGUUCACACUAUCCAGAGCAGGUGAUCACGACAAGAGCAAAAGCUCCGAGCUUUACCUUUGGGAUCCGUCACUCGGAAUACAUCGCACCCCUCAUUGUAGAUGCGCCUGAAUGAUGCCACAUAUGAUCUCUCAUACUGACUGGAAGAAAAGAAAAAAAAUCAUAUAACAGAAUCAAAUAAAGAAAAAGAAGAAAA